AUGCCUGAGAGGAAUUAUACUGUACCAACUGAGUUUAUUUUAAUCGGCCUCACAAAUGAUCUACCACUCCGAAUCAUGCUCUUCCUUUUGUUUUUGGUCAUCUACAUUUUGACCUUGGUGGGAAACAUUGGUUUGAUAGUCCUGGUCAAUAUUGAUUCUAAUCUUCAAACUCCCAUGUAUUAUUUUCUCAUUAAUCUCUCCUUUCUAGACAUCAGCUACUCCACAGCCAUCACCCCCAAUAUGCUAGCAAACUUCUUAUCUUCUAAGAAGAGCAUUUCCCUGUAUGGCUGUGCCCUUCAAAUGUACCUGUUUGCUUGCAUUGGUGAUGCAGAAUGCCUCAUUCUAGCUGCAAUGGCCUUUGACCGCUAUGCAGCUAUCUGCAAACCAUUGACAUAUUCAACACUUAUGUCUAGGAAAGUGUGUUUUUCUUUAAUUUUAUUGGCUUAUUUGAGUGGAGGCAUGAUGUCAGUUGUUCAUGUAUAUCUGACCUUCAGGUUGCCAUUCUGCAGAUCCAAUGUCAUCAAUCAC